UUUCUCCAGUUUCCCCACCGCCUUCGUUCUCCUGGAAUCAAGAAAUCCCCACCGGUUCAGAUCUCCUUCGAUCGCCCAUCCACUCGAUGCUCCCUCCUCCGCCGCCCAUCUCCUAGUCACGCCGCCGCCACCUCCGCCGCCGCCUCCCCAAGGCGGCCGCUGCCUCUCUCCCCUUUGUAUGGAAACGCGCAGCCGCAAGCGGGCGGAAGCCUCGUCGUCUUCCACCACCUCCCCUUCGACCCGCUCUAAGCGCUCCCGCACCAAUCCUAACCCUAGCCCCACAGCCCCCACCUCCAGCCCUGCUCAGGCCACACGCACCCGGCGCUCUGCGGCCUCCAACCCUCCUCCCCCGCCUGCCCCGCAGCCCUCGAUGGACACUCCGGCUGACAACAACCCCAACCCUCCGCCUAGGCGCCGCGGUCGCCCGUCCAACGCGGACAAAGGCAAGGAGCGGCAGCAGCAGCAAGAGCCAUCCGAGAGCUCCCGCUUGCGUGAGGCUGAGCAAAUGCUCGGCCUUAGUUUCGACGGCAUGGAGGAUGACGAUGACGCGGGGCUUGGCUCUGGGGCCUUGCCCCACAGCCUGACUACCGCAAGCAGCGCGUUACAGGGACUGCUUAGGAAGCUUGGUGCUGGUCUGGACGACUACCUUCCGUCCUCAGCACUAUCCGCGGCAGCUGCUGCGUCGUCAUCAGUAUCUGGGCAGCAUGGUGGGCGGCUGAAGAAGAUGCUUGUGGGGCUUCGUGCAGACGGGGAGGAUGGGAAACAGGUGGAGGCACUGACGCAGCUCUGCGAGAUGCUAUCCAUCUGUACCGAAGACUCACUUGGAGCAUUCUCGGUGGACUCCUUUGUGCCUGUCCUGGUCGGGCUGCUCAACCACGAGAGCAAUCCCGACAUCAUGUUGCUAGCAGCACGGGCGCUGACCCAUCUCUGUGACGUGCUUCCGUCAUCUUGUUCUGCUGUUGUGCAUUACGGUGCAGUGCCAUGCUUCUGCGCUCGGCUUCUCACCAUUGAGUACAUGGACCUUGCGGAGCAGUCCUUACAAGCUCUUAAGAAGAUAUCCCAGGAGCAUCCAACUGCCUGUUUGCGGGCUGGCGCGCUAAUGGCAGUGCUAUCAUAUCUUGACUUCUUCUCCACGGGUGUUCAAAGAGUUGCGUUAUCUACAGCUGCUAAUAUUUGUAGGAAGCUUCCUUCUGACGCCUCAGAUUUUGUAAUGGAAGCGGUUCCACUGCUGACAAAUCUUCUGAAUUACCAUGACACAAAAGUGCUGGAACAUGCUUCUGUUUGCCUGACUCGUAUAUCAGAAGCAUUUGCUUCAUCUCCAGAGAAACUGGAUGAGUUGUGCAAUCAUGGAUUGGUUGCACAAGCUGCUGGCUUAGUCUCUGUUAGCAACUCAGCUGGACAAGCAUCACUGAGUACAGCAACAUAUACGGGGGUAAUUCGUCUUCUGUCAAUAUGUGCAAGUGGAUCUCCAUUAGCAGCUAAAACACUCCUACUCCUUGGAAUUAGUGGCACCAUUAAAGAUAUUCUUUCAGGUUCUGGCUUGGUUGCUGGUAUAACUGUAUCCCCCACUUUAACAAGACCAGCUGAUCAGAUGUAUGAGAUUGUGAACCUUGCAGAUGAAGUGCUUCCUCCUCUACCUGUUGGAACUGUUACUUUGCCAGCACGUUCCCAUGUUUUAAUGAAAGGCUCUGCUGUAAAGAAACCUGCUUCAAUCAAGCAAGAGGAAUCUGGUUCAGUAAAUAAUGAAGUGUCAGGUCGGGAGAAGUUAUUGCGUGAUCAGCCUCAACUUCUGCAGCAAUUUAGUAUGGACAUAUUACCUAUCAUGACACAGGUGUAUGGCUCCAGUGUAAAUGGACCAAUACGGCAUAGAUCCUUGUCUGUCAUUGCAAAAUUAAUGUAUUAUAGCUCAGCUGAAAUGAUCAAAUUUCUCCUUGGCACAACAAACAUAUCCAGCUUUUUAGCUGGCAUGUUAGCUUCGAAAGAUCCACAAGUGCUGGUCCCUGCUCUUCAGAUAGCUGAAAUUCUGAUGGAAAAGCUUCCUGGGACAUUUUCAAAGAUGUUCGUGAGGGAAGGUGUUGUUCAUGCUGUAGAGUCACUUACAUGCCUGGAAAUCUCAAGUCCAAUGCCUUCUCAAGUAUCACUGCCGGACAAUGAUAUUGAUUCUGGAACAUGCACAUCUUCACGUUCAAGACGUAGCCGUCGUCGCAGCAGUGCUGUGAAUACUGAAAAUAAUUCCUUGGAUGAAUCAAAGGGUUCCCAUCCUAUUAUGGCCAAUUCCCCACCAAGCACGCUAGAGAAUCCAAAUACUAGUCUUCGUGCUGCAGUUAGCGAUCGUGCAAAGUCAUUCAAGGAUAAGUACUUCCCUUCUGGCCCUGGCUCAAGUGAUACUGCAGUUACUGAUGACCUUUUGAAACUAAGGGCACUUUGUGCAACAUUAAAUACCACUGCUGACACUGUCAAAACAAAAGCUAAAGGGAAAUCAAAGUCUCUAGGGGGGGAUGAUUUUGACAUCUUAAGCGAUGUCGAGAAGCAUUUAGACGACAUCGUAGCUGAAAUAUUGUCUGAGCUUAGCAAGGGGGAUGGUGUUUCCACGUUUGAGUUCAUUGGGAGUGGAGUUAUUGAAACAUUGCUUAAUUAUUUGUCUUGUGGAACAUUUGGAAGGGAAAAGGUGUCUGAAGCAAACCUACCAAAGUUACGUCGUCAGGCACUCAGACGUUAUAAAUCAUUUAUAUAUGUUGCCCUUCCAAAUGAUGCCGUGGGAAAUAGAACUCCAAUGGCAUUCUUAGUUCACAAGCUGCAAAGUGCGCUGUCUUCGUUGGAGCGCUUCCCGGUUGUGAUUAGCCAUUCUGGAAGGACAUCCAGUUUGGGAGGAUCUCGUCAGUCCUCUGGAUUGAGUGCACUAUCGCAGCCCUUCAAGUUGCGUCUUUGUCGAGCACAGGGCGAAAAAUCACUUAAGGAUUAUUCAUCUAAUAUUGUUCUUAUUGAUCCCUUGGCAAGUCUAGCAGCAGUUGAAGAAUUCCUUUGGCCUAGAGUCCAGCGUAAUGAGUCAAUAUCGUCUGCUGCAGUGUCAUCUGCGAAGAAUUCUGAAUCUGUCACACCUGAUACACCAGCACCUGUGCCUUCAUCAACUCCAUCUGUCCGGCGGCCCUCAACUAGGUCGAAGUCAUUGGCUGCUGCUAGUUGUGCAGCCAAGAAGGAUUCUCAGGAUGGGAGCAUAAACACAUCCAAGGGAAAAGGUAAAGCUGUUGUACAAUCGACUACGGAUGAACCAAAAGGACUACGAUAUACUAGGGCUGCUGCUAGCAGAAAAGCUGCUCCAGAGAAAGAUGCAGAAGUGAAACUACCACAUGGUCAAAGUAGCUCAGAGGAUGAAGAGCUUGAUGCGUCUCCCUUUGAGGAUGAAGAUGCUGUGAUGAUUGAUGAUGACAAUGAUGAUGUUUCAGAUGAUGAUCAUGAGGUUCUACGCGGGUCUCAUCCUCUCCGUGUUCCAGAUAGAGUGCACGAUGUAAAACUGGGAGAUGGUCAUGACUCUAGUACCGCUUCAAUAGCAAAUGAUAACCAGAUACAACCGUCAUCUGGUUCCACCAUGAAAGAUACUAAUAGUAGCAGGGGGUCAGGUGCUGCUGAAUUUAGAAACCCAAGCAUGCUUGGUUCACGGGGUGCGAUGUCGUUUGCUGCAGCUGCCAUGGCUGGGCUUGCUUCUGCAGGUAGUCGUGGUAUCAGAGGUAGUCGAGAUAGGCAUGGCCUAUCAUUUGGAACUAGUGCAAAUGAUCAUAACAAAUUGAUAUUUGCAGCUGGUGGUAAGCAGCUUAGCAAACAUUUGACCUUAUAUCAAGCUAUGCAACGCCAAGUAGUUCAUGAUGAGGAUGAUGAAGAAAGGUCAGGUGGUUCUGAUUUACCCAAUGAUGGAAGCCGUUUCUGGAGUGAUAUAUUCACUAUAACAUAUCAGAAGGCUGAUAACGAAGUGGAUAUGAAAGGUUCGGCUUCAGUUCUGAAAUCUUCGAAAUCAGAUUUUUCUGGAGCUACAUCAGAAGUACAAUGUACUUCUCUUCUUGAUAGCAUUUUGCAAGGAGAACUUCCUUGUGAUUUUGAGAAGUCAACCCAGACGUACAAAAUUUUAGCACUGUUGCGUGUAUUGGAGGGUUUGAAUCAGUUAUCUCCUCGUCUGAGACUACAGGCAAGCUGUGAUGAUUUUGCAGAGGGAAAAGUUGCUACCCUGGAUGGUUUAUCUGGAAUUGGAGCUAAGGUGCCCUCAGAGGAGUUUGUCAGCAGUAAGUUGACACCAAAGCUUGCUCGGCAAAUUCAGGAUGUUCUUGCACUCUGCAGUGGUAGUUUACCUUCUUGGUGUUAUCAGAUGACCAAAGCUUGUCCAUUUCUGUUUCCUUUUGAAACAAGAAGACAACACUUCUAUUCCACGGCUUUUGGGCUAUCUCGGGCAUUGAAUCGCCUUCAGCAACAACAGGGUGAGAAUAACAACUUAGCUACUGAAAGAGAAGUCCGGGUUGGUAGGUUGCAACGCCAGAAAGUUCGUGUUUCUCGCAACCGUAUCUUGGAUUCUGCUGCCAAAGUUAUGGAAAUGUUCUCCAGUCAGAAGGCUGUUCUCGAAGUUGAAUACUUUGGUGAAGUUGGAACUGGACUUGGUCCAACUUUGGAGUUUUAUACCCUUUUGAGUCAUGACCUGCAAAGGGUUGGCUUGGGAUUAUGGAGAUCUGAUUCUCCACAUGAUUCUGAUAGUUUAGAAGCUAAAAAGCAUGAUUCUGCUGAGAGAAGGAACUUGAUACAAGCACCUCUUGGCUUAUUUCCUCGACCUUGGCCUUCUACUACUGUUUCUUCUGAGGGUAGUAAAUUUUUCAAAGUUGUUGAGUAUUUUCGCUUAGCUGGUCGAGUCAUGGCAAAAGCAUUGCAAGAUGGAAGGCUUAUGGAUUUGCCUUUGUCAACAGCAUUUUAUAAACUUCUACUUGGACAAGAACUUGAUUUGUAUGACAUACUAUCUUUUGAUACCGAGUUUGGAAAGAUAUUACAAGAGUUGCAAGUUCUUGUUGAACGCAAGCGAUUUCUGGAGUCCUGUGAUCUCAAUCAACAAGUACGAGAUUUGUGUUUCCACGGGUCUCCUAUUGAAGAUUUAUGCUUAGAUUUUACUCUUCCGGGUUAUCCUGAUUAUGUUCUGAAGGAAGGCAAAGAAAAUACAUUGGUUUGCAUUUACAACUUAGAAGAGUACAUUUCUUUGGUAGUGGAUGCUACUAUUAAGACUGGAAUAAUGCGUCAAAUAGAAGCAUUCAAAGCUGGAUUUAAUCAGGUAUUUGACAUGUCAUCUCUCCAAAUAUUUUCUCCUCAAGAGCUUGACUAUCUCAUUUGUGGUCGUCGGGAGCUUUGGGAGCCAGAGACACUGGUGGAACAUAUAAAAUUCGACCAUGGUUAUACCUCAAAGAGUCCUGCAAUUGUCAAUGUACUUGAGAUUAUGGCCGAAUUUACUCUGGAGCAACAACAUGCGUUUUGCCAAUUUGUGACGGGUGCUCCUCGGCUUCCACCUGGUGGCCUGGCUGCCUUAAAUCCUAAGCUGACUAUUGUUAGGAAGCACUCCUCUACUUCGCAGAAUAACUCAAAUACAGCUGGAGCAACAGAGACUGCGGAUGAUGAUUUGCCCAGUGUCAUGACUUGUGCUAAUUAUCUUAAACUUCCCCCAUACUCGACCAAGGAAGUUAUGCACAAGAAAUUGCUUUAUGCUAUCAACGAAGGCCAGGGGUCAUUUGAUCUUUCAUAGGUUCAAAACUAACAUAUAGAUAUUGGUGCCCCUAUAAAUGUGCACCAAUUUUUAUCCACAGUUAGUUUUUCUGUGUCCUGUAUAACAUAGCUUGAGCCACCCCUAUCGCGGAAUGUCUGGAGACCGGAUCUUGGGGUGUGUACGCGCGCGCCUAUGAUGUUCUCGGCGUAUUUCGUUUCUUUUUUGCUGGUCUCUUUCAAUUGUAUAUUCUUACUGAUCUUAUAGUGGUUAAGACAUUUGUCUUGGUUUGUUUUACUUUAUUUUACCGUAUACUCCAUUAUCGUGA